AUGAGAAAGGAAGGCAUCGGUCUACUACUAGCUGGGGUUUUGGCGACUGAAUCAAAUGUAUGCAAACAGAGUCUUGCUGCGGAACAUAUUGCAAUAGACUCUCUCUAUCAACAUGAUGUCAAGUGCGGCGGCUCACUUGGCAAUCGAGGUCGCUUGGAGAGCCCGGCUUUACCCCAUCGAGAUGAGUACCCGAGUUUGUGCGACUGUACAUGGAUAAUUGGCAAAGACUUCAGCGGAGACUACGCGACGAUCAUUCUCAACUUUCUGCACUUUGAAAUUGACCAUUCUGCGGGUCAUUGUCCCGAAGAUUAUGUCGAAAUCUUCUCAUCAGGAGGCGACACACGCAUAAAAGCGCCAUUUUGUGGAGAUACUCUUCCUGAAAUUAUUGAAAGAAGAGCUCAAUUGCCUGUUAUUAUAAAAUUCAAAAGCGACGAAGCUGUUGAGCAUUCUAGCGGAUUCAAGCUUGAGUACUCUGUUGUCCCAGAUGAUUCAUCCUCGAGUCCUGUUGAAUUUGGGGAAAUAAGGACUGAAGAUCAACCAGCUCAGGAGAAAUCGUCAGCUCCGACUGUCGGGCUGGUAGCAUUCAUCGUCUACAAAAAGCGAAAACAAACAAAGGACCGCGGUAUGGAUGGAAUGGAAAUCCCAACACUCACACCAACAGAAAACGUUUACGAAGUUCUCGAUCAGACAGCUAGGGAUGAAUCCGUGCUUCUACGAACCGAAUCCCAGGAUAGCAUAGCGCAAGAGAAGAUAGCGGCGCAGAAUUCUACUCGAGCUUUGCCUGAUUUGCCCUCGACUUCGAAUGAAAAUCCUUACUCCGAAAACCCUUGA